AUGGUCGCGGCUACCGAGGCGGUUGCGCAGCGAAUGGCGUUGAAGUCCAUCGAGCCUCAACAGCCAACGAUUAUCAACACCUUCAUCAUCGAUACAUUGUUCGAAAUGGAUACCCUCAAAAAUCGAAAUCAAGGAGGAUGUACCCCCGGAGGUGGAAAUGAGAAUCGUGGCACAGCGGUGAGGACUGAGGCGCAGAUACGAGGUUUCAAGCCACAGACGACGGUGAGCUGCGAGAGAGACAGACCGACUGAAUAUCACGCUGCAGCCAAUCAGAGCCCUGGUGCACCCUCCAAAGAGCGAAUCCCAGCAACACAGCCUGCAGCUAGCACUAGCGUCUGGGUCAGCCGAGUCCUCUGCUCCCCUCACCAGGAGCCCUCUUCCUCAUACGCACUCGUCUCUCAGACACUUCACACCACCGCCAAACUGUCACCCAACGUUUCCUCGCGUCUUUCCUGGCCCCCAAUCGCCAUCCGCGAGACAUACCGUCGCAAGCCCUCUCCCAGAUCGAAGAGCCCUCGUCUUCGACGAGUCACCAGCAUGCCUGCCCCAAUCACCAUCGUCGAGCCACCCGUGCUCCCAGUCCGCGAGCUGGCCGACGACGAGCACUUUGUCAUGAUGUCCUUUGAGCGUCACGCCGACCACUGCCACACCUGCAGCGAGCCCCGACACACCCACGCAAAGGGCGAGACCCUCUGCCGCCGCGGCACCGAGUACGCCCUCGACGUGGCCUCCUACCUGUACUCCAAGAACCGCAAGUCCUACUCCGUCGUCGACCGCGACACCCUCAAGCAGCCGACCCUCGUCAACAUUCCACGCCGCUGCAUCGCAACCCGCGACCUCCUCCUCGCCCUCGAAGACGGCCUGGCGCUGCACAAGAAGGAGGUGAAGGACAAGGCCCCCGCGGUCCAGAAGCCAAUCAUCAGCUACGACAGCACUUACGUUGUCCCGCCGCGCCGCUCCAACUCGCAGAAGGUUACCGCGACCGAGAUCAUUGAGCGUGAGCCUCGCACUACCAACGUUGUCAAGACCCGCCGCAUUAUCGUCUACAACUCUCCUCACCGGUCCUCUUCGAGCCGUGGCUCGCCCAGCAGGGGCUCGCUCUACGACUCUGAUGCUGCGGACCGUGUCGAGCGAGUCAAGGAGUCCUCGCGCAUCUACCUGCGCCCGACCGAGUACCACCGGUGA